AUGCACUGCGUGUUGAGUUCCCUCCUCCUCUUCUGGUACUGGGGCUGCCUCCAGUACCCAGAGGUCAUGGCCCCUCGUUUACUGCCACCACCACUGCUGGUCACCUGCUCAGACCUACAAACCCGUGUCUGUCAGCAGCAAAAUUCCACUCUUUGGACUUCGUGUCUGUGGGAUGAAGACACCGAGCUGUACUGCCUGAGACCCUCAGGGUUUGUUUCAAGAAUUAGACGGGGAAAGACAGAUUUGCCAUCUUCUUAUUGUAGCUGGUAUUGGAGCUCAGCCUGGGUGCCCAGUAUGAUGCUCUGGCCACGCCGGUGGAUGAUGGGCUCCGGCCUAGAAAGAGGAGCCACACGCUUGCCUUGGGACUCCACCGGCAUCCCCGUCCGGUGCGGAUCACUUUCCUGCAGAGUGCCCACGUGCCUUCACCAUGACCUGAGCAUUGGAGUGUUUGGCCAAGAUGUCCAACUUCUCCUGCUUUGGCCGCUCACGCGUCCUGUCCACGAGCAACAACCUCUGCAGCUGGGCUGGUGUGCACGCCUCAGCGGUUCAAGAUGGCCUUCCCACUACAGUAGUCAAGGAGGUGAACCCGUGACCUUUCUCCUCCCCACUGGCUAUCGUCCAGAUUCUCCUCACUCCCAUAGUGGUGAAUUGUACCGCAUGUGCACCUCCUACUUCAACUAUCACCUGAGUGUGCAUUACACCCGCCAAGGACUACAUGUUGCUUCCCUCCGCAUUAAGCACGGGCCUCAAGUCAGCCUUAGCCUGGACUUGCAGGUGGAACCCAUUCUGGUACACAUUUUCAGCAUCCACUCCAAAUGGCUCACAGUCACUCAUAGCACCAUCAGCCUCUUCUGGAUCCUCUUACGUGUAAGCCCCAGAAGAAUGGCCUACAGACUGUUGGAUGUUGAGAGUGGAGGGUUCUGGUCUACCACCUACAAUCCAUAUGCUCUGCAGAACAAUUACUCUGUUGGCCCUAUCCCACUUCAUUCCAGGAAGAAGGUAGUGGCUGGCAUAUAUUUUUACACUGAAGAAGGGGGGACCGGGGAACUGAGAGGGGAACUAGGGUACUCCAAUGGCACUUUAAGCCUAACGUCUAAGAGUGAGCCGCCAUCUCGCUUCACUCUCAACACAAGCAAAAUCAAGAUGGGCACCUAUCUUUUCAGCCCUGCCCAGGGAUUGUACUAUUCCACCCAAGAAGGAAACGCUCCUGAGGACCCCUCUGGCAUGCACUACUUUUUCUACCAGCAGCAAAGCCUCUCAUAUCUUUUUACCAUUGAGUUUCUCCAACUGCAAUGGUACAGGUUCAACGUGCAUCUAUACCUUAACCGGAAGGGAGUCCUUUUACAAAAGCCUUUCCCAGAGAAAAAUAUUGAAGUUCAUGUUUUCAACAGUGGUCCUUCUUUUUCACAAAGUUUGAUCUAUAUUGUGUGGUUUGUUCCCAUACAACACCCACUGCUGCAGAAUGAGUGGACCUUCGAGCUGCAGUUGUAUGAUUCAAGAGAAGAGUUCCUCAUACAAAACAAUGCUUAUACGUACCGGGAUCGUGUCAAAAACGCCACCCAUUUUAUUCCUCACUCUGUUUUACCUUUCAAUCCUGCCUUGUACGCCGGCUUUGUAGCACCUGUGAACUGCACUAGAAGCAGACUGAUAAGGGCUGUUUUAAAAGCUACAAUCGACAGUUAUGCUUCAAAGGAAAGCAACUCCACAGUUGCCUGCCUUCAACACAAUUGUUUUAUUAAGCAAGUUAAUAUCUGGAAACCUGACCUUUCCAACUGCAUCUUAAAAUACAGUAAAGGGACCUCAUUCACUCUGUCUGCUAACAUACAGAUGAAUUGCCCAAGUCCUAAACAAAGAGACAACAUCUGGAAAAUCUAUAAGGUCUCAGAUGUGAAGGCUACCCCUGACUGGUCAAAACCUUUUUAUCCACCUUGCCUUGGAAGGCGAGAUCUUGUUGUGUUAGAGGUUCCUGGUUCUACUUUGGAUGAUGGCUUGUAUCUCUUUAAUUUCACAGUAAAAUUAAUAGCAGUGGAUGCUUUGGAGAGCGUGGAAGGCUCUGAUUCGGUGUUUGUCCAGAUUGGGCCAGGUAGUCUUGUGGCUGUCAUUGCCGGAGGCAAUUUCCGGACCGUUGGAUUUUCUGAUCAAUGGACUCUAGAUGGAUCCUAUUCCUACGAUGCCGAGGCAGCCCUUCCUUCUGAAAGAGUCACAUUUACUUGGUACUGCACCAAACAAAAAUCAGACUACGUAUCCAUGACGCUAAGUUUGAAGGGAAAAUGUCGUCCAGAUCAGGUGGAUUUGAAAUGGACAUCAUCGUCUGACGCAGUUCAAACAGUGCCGCCAGAAACGCUUCAGGAAAAUACUGUUUAUUAUUUUUGCCUCGUGGUUCAAAAGGGUGGCAGGACAGCGUGGGCUGAACAAACGGUUCAUGUGCAGCCAAGCUCUGUGCCAAUUCUGAACAUCACAUGUAUUGAAAAUUGUGGCAGGUCAGUCACGGCCACCGAAAGAUUUUGUCUCUCUGGCAAGUGCAUAAACUGUGGGGAAUCGAUCAGACCACUCUAUCAUUGGUCACUUCUCACAGCAAAUUUCACCGAAAUAAAUUUUGAUUGGGAUGCCAAGACCUCAACUGGCAGGUCCAGUCCAUACAUAUGUAUAAAACCACUGAGUUUUGUAAAUAUGACAGAAGAAAAAUACAUGCUUACCCUAAAAGCAAGCUUCUGGAGACACCAGCCAUCUGCUAAUAGCUAUUUAUUUUUUGUAAAUUCUCCACCUCAGAUUGGAAAGUGCUUGCUUAAGCCGAGCACAGGAAUUGUAUUUCUAACAAAAUUCAUUGUUCACUGUAGUGGGUUUAAAGAUAAACAUUUGCCUCUUACAUAUAAAGUCAGAGCGGCAUCACACACUCUAACAAUUACCAGAAUGCUUUCAAUAGAAAACAGUACCCUGGGGACAAUUGUGUAUUUUGGUUAUCAAUCUAAAAUCCCACCAACUUUUUUACCCAUUGGCGUCCCCUCUAAGCAAUACACCUUGACAAUAUAUAUUGAGGUAUAUGAUGCCCUUGGAGCAUUUUCUCAACUAACCUUACAGGCAAAGGUACGUGGUCCAUUCAAAGGCAAGCAAACAGACGUUAUUCUGAAUGAAUUACAUGGUUUUUCCAGUGGCCCAAAGGCUCCAAUCACAUAUUUUCUUGAAAGUGGGGAUUACUUUAAGGCAGGCUAUUUUGUCUACAUGGUGGCUUCCGCUUUAAAUAAUAUCGAAGCUUUGCAAAGAUUUCACUCCUCUAAGACCAAACUACGGGAAAUCCUUCUUAACAAGUCUGCAGGAAUCCCUACAACAGGCAUGAUGGAACUAACUCAAAUGGUCUCCGGAAUUUCUCAAAUAACGCAGGAAGUCACAGAAGUAAAUAGGAAGACACAACUCCUUGCAGUCAGGAAACUCAAAGAACUGAGUAAAGAACUGAAAAAGUACAGAGAUAAAAACAUAGGCUCUAAGGAAAUAGAAGUUCUCAGCACUGGUAUUUUUGAAGGGCUGUCCAAUAUCCUGAAAGCCUCUCUGUUAGACUACAGAAAUGUCCAUAAAAAUGGGGUGAAAGGCACUCUGACUGCCACUGAGAUGUUAGCAGAACUUAUCUUACAAGGUAAAGUCCCUGGAGAAAAUGAAACGGUUAUGGAAAGUAGUGACUGGACCAUUACAUUCAGGAAAGAUGAAAAGUGGGGCGUUCCUGAUACUUUCUUUAACAGAGGAGACUGUAAGAAUUGCUUUUAUUCCAAAAUCAAUCAAGAGGGUCGUGAUGAAUUGCCAGCAGAUGCUGAAGUCUCCACUGUUGUUUUUGAAUUUCAUCAAAACCCUUUCCCCUGGUUGCCCUUUUCAAAAGAUAUCAGCACAAGGGUGACUGGAUUCAAGAUGACAGGAACCAGAUCUAAUGGCGACAUAGGGGGGAUCAUACCUGAAUUAGCAGAAAUGAUCAUGACUAGAAAAUAUGAGGGCUCUGCCAUCUUUGAGUUGAACAUUGGGCAUGACAGAGAACUCCACAAAACAACUGGAGCCUUCAGUUUUGAAGUACAUAGGAAUUCCAAAGAAGUUUUCAUCCAGAUCGUGACCGAACUGAAGCUUACUUUCCACAUAUUUGUUUAUCUAGGCCUCAACGUCAGUCAUCCUCCUAUCGCAUCUUUCAGUGUUUCCCAUAACAAAAAUACCAUAACAAGAGGAAAUAAAUCUAAGGUCCAUGAAUGUGCAGCGCAAGCUUCUUAUAUAUUUUGUCUUUCCCACUCUUUGCUCAGAUCCAUAUUCCAAGGCAACAGAGCCGAAAAAUUGAACGUGUCUAUUGUUUUACAAUCAGACCCUUUCAUGUGGGGCCCAAGGGUUCAGGUUGUUGGUAUCAGGCUUUUUACUGCUGACUGCUUAUACCUAGAUGGAAUCCAGGGUCAAUGGAAAGAAAACGUCUGCAACCUCGGCCCUCAGACGAGCUGGGAGAAAUUACAUUGCAUCUGUCCAGCCAAAAAACGUACUUCAAGGGCUGCAAGUCCUCGACCAAGAAGAACUUCCAAAAACGACAUGAAGUUUUUGGCUGGCAAAAUCAGUGCGUACCCUGAUCCAGUAGAUAUGAAGAAGGUCUUGCCGGUACGGAUCCACAACAAUCCAAUAACAACAAUGACAGUACUUUUCAUUUUUGUCAUAUACUUUUGCUUGGCCGUUUGGACAAUGAGGAAGGACAGGGCUGAUAUGGAAAGCAAAGACCACGUCAUAGUCUUAUCAGACAACGAUCCCUACGACCAAGUGUGUUACUUUGUCACAGUAUACACAGGGAGUCGCUUUGGAGCAGGAACCACAGCCGAGGUUUUCAUUCAACUGAUAGGCCACAAAGACGCUAGCGACAUACAUUGCUUAAGACACCCUGAAUACCCAACUCUCGUUCGUGGGGCUGUCGACACUUUUCUCCUGACGAGCAAGAAUGACCUCGGAGAUAUUUAUUCCUUUCACGCGUGGCACAAUAAUGGAGGUUCAUCUCCUAAUUGGUUCUUGAGUAGAAUCAAAGUGCAAAAUGUAUUCACCAAACAAUCGUGGAUGUUCAUCUGCCGAAAAUGGUUUGCACUCAAUAAGGGUGAUGGUCUAAUAGAGAGAUCAUUUGUUGCCACUCAUCCAACUACGCCUUUAAGCAAAAUGGAUUUCUUCUUGAUAACUCUCGCCUGUGAGCUGGGAGAGACCCACUUAUGGCUUUCUGUUUUUGUUCACAUCAGCACCAGUUCUUUGAACAGGCUCCAUAGAUUGUCUUCUUGCUUAGCCAUGUUGUUGUGCACCCUACUAUUUAACUUUAUCUUCUUCAAUGCUGACAAAGAUAAACUAGUGGUUUCUGAACAGCCGUUGUAUUUGAGAGCGCUGCUUAUUGGAAUUCAUAGUGCUUUCAUUUCUUUCCCUCUACAGAUGUUCAUAACAGCUUUGUUCAAGUACUCCCAGCAGAAGCCUUUGCCACAGGACUCAUCUAACACUCAGCCCAAAGAAUAUUCUGCUUUCAUGUCUAGAAAUCUUAGGAACUGGAAGGAGCGUCUGCAGAAAUGGUACUUUGUAGAAACUGCUUCAAAAGGUUCAGGAGAUAGUUUCCAAAGCACUCCAGAUUCAUACGGUCUGGAACAGCUGAACAGAAAAAGCCGGGGCCAGGCAGUGAAAAAACGGAGUAACUGUACUGUGUCUGAGGGGGAUGCAAAUAUAAUUGCGAAGGAAGAGGACAUGGUUCGUGAUGCCAAUGCCACCAACAAUUUUAAGAACAGAAAUGAGAAGAAAGAUCCAUAUCCUCAGAUAAAGCCGCUAAAUAAUCGCAUCAUGCUCUUUCAUAAAAGCCCACAAAUAAUAAUUUCCUGGUGGUAUGUUUAUGUCCUGUGGAUAUUGUUCUUGAUCACUUCUACAGUGUCAUCAUUUUUUAUCAUAUAUUAUGGUCUGUCCUAUGACUACGAAACGUCUUUUGAGUGGCUUAUAGCCUCUAGUAUCUCAUUUUGUGAGAGUGUGUUUUUGCUUCAGACUUUGAAUGUUGUUUUUUUCCCAGCCCUGAGGACACUCUAUCCAAAGUAUUGUGAAAACAUCCCAUGGUCAAGCAGACACACCUACUUAGAGAUUAAACUGGACAACAUAACUAUGGAUGCGGAUGAGAUGCGCGAGUUACAUUAUGAACUAGUCAGGCUCCGAGGCACCAAACAGUACCAUCCCUUGGAAGAGGAAGAAGUUACGCUUUUUAAGAAAAAGCACAAGGUUCAACACCAAGCUUUUGUGUUCAUAAAGGAUGUCAUAUGUCACUUUGUCUUUUUAAUUCUUAUUUUAAGUAUCGCCUGCUCAAUGGAAAACACCACUAGUUUUUACUACAAUCAAGGCAUUCAUAGCAAAUUCUCUCAGGGGCUCUCAGACAUAAGUAAGGUAGAGCAUGUUUACUCCUGGCUGAGGAACGUCUUUCUACAUUUGAUCCACAACAAGGACCACCCAGCUUAUCUUUCAAAGUCCUGGUCCAAAAUCCUGGGGUUGCCUAGAAUGCGACAAAUAAGAGCAGAAAACACAUCAAAGGAAUGCUUUCACCCACACAGUUUGGUAAAUGAAUUUCUGAUUAGUAACAGCCAUUGCCUUCAUCAGUAUGGACGCGACCAAGAAGAUAAAGGAGAUUACCUUGGGACAUGGUCAAACUCUGUCAAUAAAUCUGCUUCCAAACCUUUCAGCAAUUUUUCAGGCUACGCUUACUAUUCAGUCCCUGAACAAUGGAAAUAUACCUCAUAUGGACUACUAAAUGCUUAUGGAGUGGGAGGUUAUACUUUUCAUUUUUAUCCAGAAGAGCAACAGGCCAAUUCAACAAAAAGAAUAGUUUUUUUAGAACAGAGAGGCUGGCUGGAUGAAAAUACCUGGGCAUUAAUAGUUGAGCUGACAACUUUUCAUCCAGAUGCAGAUUUAUUUUGCAGUAUCUCCAUUGUUUUUGAGAUGUCUGACUUAGGCCCUGUUAACACAAGCUUGUUGAUCCAUUCAUAUAGUCUCCCAAUUUUCACACAGCUAAGCAUGACACAAAAGUUUGUGCAUAUCACUAUUGUGUAUAUGCUCAUAUUUUAUAUCAUUGAUGAACUUUGCAUGAUGGAACAACAGAGAUUAAAAUACAUCAGAAAUGUUUCUAACUUAAUUAACUUUGGGGUAAAGACAGUCUGUCUGUUUUUCCUUUUGAACCUUUCCUUCAAAUUUAAGCUAGCUUCCAGCUUAAUAGAGUUGUAUUUACUUCAUCCAAAUGAGUUCAUUCCAUUCCAUAAAGUUUCCCACAUUGAUGAAACAAUAAGGAUUACUCUGGGUUUUUUGAUCUUUUUUAUCAUUUUGAAAACGCUGCGAUAUUCCCGGUUCUUUUAUGAUGUGCGAUUGGCUCAACGCUCCAUCUUGGCGGCCCUCCCUGGGAUCUGCUCCAUGGCUCUGGUGGUGGCGGUAUACUUUUUUGUCUACAUGGCAUUUGGCUACCUGGUAUUUGGCCAAUAUGAAUGGAACUACAACACGAUGACUCAUUCUGCUCAGACAGUAUUCUCUUACUGUGUUUCAGCUUUUAAAGACACCGCCUUUACAUCCAACAGAGUGCUAGGAAGUCUCUUUCUGUCUUCAUUCAUGAUGGUCAUGAUCUGCGUCUUGAUCAAUUUAUUUCAAGCUGUGAUUAUGUCUUCCUAUGAGGACAUGAAGCAACCUGUCUACGAAGAGCCUUCCGACGAAGCGGAAGUGGUCAAAUUUCUGUGUCAUAAGAUCCGCAGGAUAUGGUAUCUCGUAAGUUGUAGGACACCACCUGAAAGUGAUGCAGAGCUUUUCAUUCGAGUUCUGUACGGGCAUUCUGAAAGGAGAAACUCGCGUCACCUAGGACUCAAAGCCAGGAAAAUAAAUGGCCGUAAAAUGGUUUACCUUGUCGUUUGA